AAAUUCAGUAGGUCUUGAUAAGGACCACGAAACUGUUUUGUAUCACCGUGGCGUGAAUGGGCUGUGACUUGAUGACCCACUGAUAAUACUGCGUAUACAUAGCUAAAUAAAUGCGUGGACGUGAAAUAUUGAUUUGUUGAAAUUAACUUUUAUUAGCUUACUUCUAGAGACAAAUAUUUGAUGCUGUGAAACAAAUGUGCUGCAUUUGCAACAAUGGUCAAAAUAAUAGGCUAUCAUAUAGCGGCAGCCUAUACAAAUAAUUUCUAGAUGUCCAGUAAAUAAAUAAAAGAGUAAAUUGGUUGUAAUGUUACACAUCUCCUGACCGAUAAUCACCAAACAAUUUAAAUUUAAAACAGUUAAAACGGUAAGACUGAUCCCAGAUCAGCUCUGAAUGAAGCGAAAGACCAAUUUCCCUAAUAUUAGUGGAAAGAUUUAAACAAACUUACUCGCAAAGUACUAAAAAAUAGAUGAGUUUGUUCACAAUUUAUUCGAAGGAACUAUAACUGUGCAAAAUUUAUAUUGGUCGCAUGAAGUGAAGAAGACAGCAAGUAACAUAAGAAACUCAAGUUGUCAUUACAUACUGCACAUGCGCGGUGGCGCGUGUGUAAUUUCUAUUUGGCUCAGCAAGUGUCCCGACGCGUCUUCUACUACUUGUUUUGUAAACAUAGUCGUUUGGAGCGGCUCGUUUGAAACCGAAACUUUGGUUCAGAACCUUCCAGUAAGUUAUUCUUUUGUUUGUUCGUGUUUCGUCGCUUAUGUGAUAUGGAAACCUGAGCUGAAUGCAAAGCAACUGUAUUUGACCACAUGAGAUGCAGUGAUGGCAUCAGAGGAGAAGAAGCUGGACACAGAAACACAAAAGACACAUUCAGCAUCAUCAUCCUCUAAGUCUGCUCCUGUGAAGCCAAACUACUCGUUGAAGUUCACCCUCGCAGGCCACACAAAAGCUAUAUCAUCAGUAAAAUUUAGCCCAAGUGGUGAAUGGUUGGCCAGUUCAUCGGCAGACAAGCUCAUCAAAAUAUGGGGCACUUUUGAUGGAAAAUUUGAGAAGAGUCUUGCAGGACAUAAACUUGGAAUAUCAGAUGUGGCCUGGUCCUCAGACUCAAAUCUUUUGGCGUCUGCAUCAGAUGACAAGACACUGAAGAUCUGGGAUAUGAGUUCGGGAAAAUGUCUAAAGACACUAAAAGGCCACAGCAACUACGUCUUCUGUUGUAACUUCAACCCACAGUCGAAUCUUGUUGUUUCUGGAUCUUUUGAUGAAAGUGUACGGAUUUGGGAUGUCAAAACUGGGAAGUGUCUGAAGACCCUGCCAGCUCAUUCGGACCCGGUCUCAGCGGUUCACUUCAACAGAGAUGGAUCUCUGAUAGUAUCCAGUAGCUACGAUGGUUUAUGUCGAUUGUGGGACACUGCUUCAGGACAAUGUCUAAGAACUCUUAUAGAUGAUGACAACCCUCCUGUCUCAUUUGUGAAGUUUUCUCCAAAUGGAAAAUACAUUCUAGCUGCAACACUGGACAAUACCUUAAAGCUCUGGGACUACAGCAAAGGAAAGUGUCUCAAGACGUAUACUGGACAUAAGAAUGAAAAGUAUUGCGUGUUUGCCAAUUUUUCUGUGACUGGAGGAAAGUGGAUCGUCUCAGGCUCUGAAGACAAUAUGGUGUAUAUUUGGAACUUGCAGACCAAAGAAAUUGUGCAGAAAUUACAAGGGCACACAGAUGUAGUGAUCUCGACAGCCUGUCACCCUACAGAAAACAUCAUUGCCUCUGCAGCCCUGGAAAACGACAAGACCAUCAAACUGUGGAAGAGUGAUUGUUAAGUUAAAGCAUAGUACUUCAGAGGCUUUAGUAGAAAAAAUCAGACUGACUUCAAAUAGUGUCUGUCUUUUACAAUGGUUUGAUAGCAUAUGAUGCAGGUUUAUCUGAGAGAUGGGCAGGUCCUAUCUGCUUAUAAUAGUGACAUCUCACUUAUCAUUAAGCCUUUUCUCCCCUUAAAGAUUUAAUUUACCCAAAAAUGAAAAUUCUGUCGUUAAUUACUCGCCCUCAUGUCAUUCCAAACCUGUAAAACAUUUGUUCAUCUUCGGAAAACAAUUAUCUUUUUAAUGAAAUCUGAGAGCUUUCUGUCUCUCCAUUGACAGCCUAGGCAACUACCACUUUCAAGCCCCAGAAAGGUAGUAAAGACAUCAUUAAAGUAAUCCAUGUGACUCCAGUGGUUUAACAUCAGUUUUAUGAAGCAUCUAGUGUGCUUUGUUUGUGCAAAAAACAUAAUUUACCACUUUAUUUGCAAUAUAUUAAUCUCCAACACUUUCACGCAACGUAUGCUCUCGCAUCAACACAACACGCAUAUGCCGCGGUGAUUAAUAUUUUGUCAAUAAAGUGGUAAGUUAAGUCACAUGGGUUACUUUAAUGAUGUCUUUACUACCUUUCUGGGGCUUGAAAGUAGUUGUGUAGGCUGUCAUUGGAGGGACAGAAAACUCUUAGAUUUCAUCAAAAAGAUCUUCAUUUGUGUUCCAAAGACGAAGAAGUUCCGAAGAUGUCUGAAGGGUUUGGAACAACAUGAGGGCAAGUAAUGACAGAAUUUUCAUUUUUUGGUGAACUAACCCUUUAAUAUACUGUAUAAUCUACUGUAAUGUUUUCAGUUCAUUUUAAUUUAUUACUGAAGAGCAAAUGUUUUCUAUCAAAUGAUGAAUACUAUUGUUUUAUUGUUCUAUUUGGGUAAAGAUAUAUGUACCAAAAAUGUAUAUGUAAAUGUAUUUGCUAAACGAGAAAAUGUCUUUUGAUGUCAAUUUUUGCUUUUUGUUUAAUCAUUUUGCAAAUAUUGAUAUUUAUAUGUAAAUUAGCAAUGCCCGUUGGAACCUUCAGUUGUUUCUAAACAUACUUUUCCAGCAUUUCAGCUUUGAAUUUAAAGGUAUUCAAUUGUCUUCAGUUUUAUUUUCAUGGUUUGGCUUUGAUCCAUUGGAGCAGUUGGUUAAUCUCCAUAAAAUUCAUAAAAAUCUUCUGCACGCUUUGCUAUAGGAUUAUAUAGAAAUUUCUUGUCUAGAAAUA